GCUGCAGAACCGGCGCAUCCCUGCGGCCAAUCAGGCUUGUGGGAACUAGAAGUUCAUUGUUGGGCAACAGCGCUGAAUGGCGGUUAGGCUGCAGCGAUGUUCGUCCUGGACUGUGAAAGCCUGGGCCUGAACACAGCAGCAAACCCGCUAGCCGGUCGGCCACAUGCAGGUAGAGUGCACCAUGACGGCGGCCUUGCUUGUUCUUUUUUCUUCAUCUUCCAUCUGAUUGUCUUGCUCAACCGUCAUCGCCCAUCCAACAUCAGAUCAGACUUUUUACUGCCGUCUUGUUACUCCGGGCUGUAGUUGCUCGUCGCCCUGGGAGGAUGUUGGGUUUUCUUACUUGCUGCUGCAUCGCCCCAUUCCAUUGCGGCUGAGGAAGGC